GUUCUUUGAAAGUACAUACUUUCAGAUGACUCAUUUGAUGACAAGCUUUUGUUGGGCUGUGGACAGUGCCAUAAGGAGUGAGACUGCGUCAAAUUUGGGAGCAUCCCCUGCCCACAGUUUUGCUUCGGUAGUGGACUAUGCAUUGAGAAGUAGUUCUGCUUCUGAACCAGAUUUGGGAACGUCCCGUGUCCCCAGUUUUGGUUCGGGAGUGUUCUACGUGCGCGCUGAAGGGUCAUCACCAGUGGGGUCCAAUGUCACAGAAGAUGUUAUUAAAGGCUUACAAUUAUUCAGCAAAGCUGAGCUUGUAGCAGCGACCAACAACUUCUCGCUUGACAACAAGAUUGGUGGUGGUGCUGUGUACAUAGGCAAACUCCUUGAUGGUCGUGAGGUUGCAAUCAAGACGUGUGAAAAGACCUCAAUUAAAUCUAAAUUGGCCUUCUUGUCUCGCCUACACCACAAGAACUUGGUUGGACUAGUUGGGUUCUGCGAAGAGAAAGAUGAGAGGCUCUUAGUGUAUGAGUACAUGAAGAAUGGUUCAUUGUAUUAUCAUCUGCAUGAGAAGAAGAACGCGGAGAAGGGUAGCAGUGUGUUGAAUGAUUGGAAGUUGAGGAUAAAAAUUGCUUUGGAUGUUGCCCAGGGAAUACGAUAUCUUCAUAAUCAUGCAAUUCCAUCAAUAAUUCACAGAAACAUAAAGUCUUAUAAUAUUCUUAUGGAUGCUACUUGGACGGCAAGAGUAUCAGUAUCAGACUCUGGAUUGUGUUUGAUGAGUUCAGAAGUUGACCGUGAUCACCCACUUGGUUACGGUUUAAAUGUAUUGACGGGAAAGAGUGAUGUGUAUGGGUUUGGAGUUGUACUGCUGGAACUUUUAACAGGAAAGAGAGCUAUAUUCAAGUAUGGCGAAGAUGGAGGCAUAUUUGGAACUUUUAUGAGUGUGGUGGACUUUGCAGUGCCUCGUAUUUUGGCCGGAGAAUUGGUUGAAAUUUUGGAUCCAAGGGUUGGACCACCUGAUGUGGACGAGGUAGAGGCAGUUGAAUUAUUGGCCCAUUUAGCUAUCGAUUGUGUGAAUUGGAAAGGGAAAGAUAGACCAACCAUGGCUCACAUUUCGUUCCAGUUAGAGAAGAGAGUUUCGUAUUUUGAAUCUAUUCUUUAGAAAUAUAAGAGAUAUGUGCUUUUAGUCAAAUUUUUUUAUUUUAUUUUA